AUGACGAAUUUUAUUUGGACAAUGCUUCGGGGAACUCAAAUGAUAUCUAGACAAGUGUUUUCGCGCAUUCCUGGUCGUCUUUCCUCACUCCUCGCAAGCAAUACUCAUCCAUGUGUUCCUAUCUGUUGUCAUCGUCAGGCGUAUCAAUCAAUUCACACGUCUUCUUUCUUGUUUGACAUACACACUGUAAAUGUACCAGCUUUUCCUGAGUCAAUUUCUGAUGGUGAUGUUGUAUGGAAGAAAGAAGUUGGCGAUACUGUCGUUGUAGAUGAGGUGAUUGCUGAAGUUGAAACUGAUAAAACCGCCAUCCCUGUGAUGUCCCCAGUCAGCGGUGUGAUUACUGAACGUCUGUUCGAAGAUGGUGACAAGGUGACAUAUAAUCAGCCUCUUGUCAGGAUUGAUGAACGCAAAGUUGCUGCCAGUGAGGUUAAAAACCCCAAAGAGGUUCCUAAAGAUUCUGAACCGGCUCCUGUGGAAGUUAAAUCGCCUCGACCGCCUACUCCUUCAGUUGUAGAACCCAAACCACUGCGCUCUACUCCUUCUCCUCCGGCUCCUCUCCCCAACCAAUCAUCUGGCUCUUCUCCAUUCUCACUAAUCUCCUCUUUCCCUGCUGGGGUUCGAACAGAGCAGCGUGUAAAAAUGACUCGAAUUCGUUUGCGCACUGCUGAUCGCUUAAAAGAGGCCCAAAACACAUGUGCUAUGCUCACCACCUUUAAUGAAAUCGAUAUGUCAAACCUCAUUGAAAUGCGCAAUCAAUAUAAGGAUACGUUCCAAAAGAAGCACGGUGUUAAGUUGGGUAUAAUGUCAAGUUUCUCUAAAGCUGCAGCUUUUGCUCUGCAGGAUCAACCCAUUGUGAAUGCAUAUAUUGAUGGAAACCAUAUUGUGUAUAGGAAUUAUGUUGAUAUUAGUAUUGCUGUAGCCUCCCCAAAGGGCCUAGUUGUACCUGUUCUACGAAAUGUUGAAUCCAUGGAUUUUGCUGCGAUUGAAAAGAACAUUUUUGAAUUGGGUGAAAAAGCAAAGGAAGGCCAUAUUGCGGUAGAAGAUAUGGAUGGUGGAACUUUUACUAUCAGUAAUGGAGGGGUUUUCGGAUCUCUUUUCAGCACACCGAUUGUCAAUCCUCCUCAAUCCGCUAUUCUUGGUCUCCAUGGUACUUUUGAACGUCCAGUAGUCCGUAAUGGGCAGAUCGUGAUCAGACCCAUGAUGUACGUGGCUCUAUCCUAUGAUCACCGACUGAUCGAUGGAAGGGAAGCAGUAUUGUUUCUGAGAAAAAUUAAGUCAUUCGUUGAAGAUCCACGUGUUUUCUUCAUGUCUCUGUAA